AUGGAUAGUCCCAGCAAAACGCCAGAAAUGAGUGAUACACAAAGAGAGGCACCGCUGUACACACAGCCAAGUUCAACCGACCAGACUUUGCUUGCUGGUGUUGAUACCCCGCUGCCGACCCCAAACCACUCCAUAGAGAAGCAGACAUUGACUGUAGAGCCCUUCCGACCCAUACUUGAUGUCUUGAAGCAGAUCGAAGAGGAAGAUUCUGAGCUUGCAUGUCGGGCUGCACGUCUCGUGGCGUACGUUCGGAGUUUGUGGGAUUCUUGUGUAUCCAAACAUACAGAUGUUCAGCAGCUCGAAGAAGAAAAUGAAAAGCUGCGGACCGGAAAUAUUCAACUAUGCAACGAUGGAAACCAGUUGAAGCACUGCCAGGAUGAGCAAGUGGCUCGCUUGCAUGCUAUUGAUGAUGCGUUGGAUGAAGUUCGGGGAAGGCUUAUCGGCGUGCUCAAAGUUUGGAACGAACGGUCUGUUGGGGACUUGGCAAUUCUGCCAGAGGAUGGGUUUCCCCGACGUUAG